UUCCAAUUUAAAGGGACUCUGUUUGCGCCUCCGGCUGCAAAGUGGAGUGGGUUGAAGUUCUACCUUGGUGAUCCUUUUUUUUGCAAGCAGAGACACUCUCGUUGCUAGUUCUGCCUGAAGUCGCUGCUCUAUUGCCUCACUGCAGGCUGAUUCCAGUACGAAGAAGUCAAAGAAGUCGAGCCAGGUGGGCUGAGGAAUGGAUCUGAGUUCAGGAAUCCAAAAGGUUUCAAUUAGCCAGCAACCAACAGGAAGGGGUGUGCCUUGCUUAAGAUGCAGAGGAAUGUGCACUGGCUUUGAGCCACAUUCUUGGAGGAAAAUAUGCAAGUUAUGCAAAUGCAGCCAGGAAGAUCACAGCCUAAGCUCUGAUGCAGAAGACGAUCGGAAAAUUGGCCGCCUGCUCUCUGAUUCGAAAUACUCCUCACUAACUGCCCGGGUGAAAGGAGGUGAUGGAGCCCGCAUCUAUAAAAGAAACCGUAUGAUUAUCACUAAUCCUAUAGUGUCUCGGAAAGAUCCAACUUUUGACACUGUUACAUACGAAUGGGCACCACCUGGACUGACGCAGAAGUUGGCUACCCAGUACAUGGGACUGAUUUCCAAAGAAAUGCAGCCGGUGGCAGGCACAGAAGGUGCUUAUUAUCGUCGAAGGAGGUUGAUGAAACAACUUCCUAUUUAUGACCAGGACCCUUCCUACUGCCAUGGCCUUGCAGAGAGUGAAAUAAAAUUGAUGGAAGACUUUGUGAAGAAAUAUAAAAACGACGCUCUUGGCGUUGGUGAGGUUGCACUGCCAGGCCAAGGGGGAGCCACCAAAGAGGGUGGAAAACAAUCUGACAAAAACAUCACUGCAGGCAAGGAAGCCAUUUCAACCAAUGGAACCCUGAGUGAGGCACCCAAAGGGCAAGAACUAUUCUGUGACCUCUGCAAGCAACAAUUACCCAUGGAGCGUCCCGUGGUGUAUGCAGACAGAGCCGGCUACAGUCACCAGUGGCACCCAGUCUGCUUUGUAUGUUCCAAAUGCUCCGAACCACUCGUCGAUCUGAUUUACUUCUGGAACAAUGGGUCCAUCUGGUGUGGCCGCCAUUACUGUGAGACUAUAAAGCCACGCUGUGCAGCCUGUGAUGAGAUAAUAUUUUCUGAUGACUACCAGCAAGUUGAAGGCCUCGCCGUGCACAAACAACACUUCACCUGCCUGGAGUGUGAGACCUCACUGUUUGGCAAACCGUUUAUUCUGGAUGGAACCAAAUUCCUGUGUACAACUUGCAGUACAAACAAGCAACCUUGAACAACGUGUAGUUUCAAAUCACAACAAGAUCAUUUUGUCAAAUCAGAGGGGAAUCAAUGGAGCUGAAAUGAUGUGAUGGAGGAUUUAAGCAAAUAAAAUUACAUUGGAUGUAAUCUAGUAUUGUAUUUACAUUCACAUAAUUGUACAAAACAAGAUGAAAAAAAUGUAAUAUAGUAGAAAAUGCAUUGUGAUAAAAUUAGAAAAUUGAAUAUGCUAGGUUUUUUCCCCUAGAUAGACAUUAAUUAUAGCUAAAUGUGCUAAAACCCAUACUCAGAAAUGUUUGGUUUUUCAGCAGCAACAUUUUACCAAGCAUCUAAUCCAGAAUGUCUAGAAGCACUGAGAAUUCUUCAUUUUGCUGUCAUGCCCUUCUACUUUUCUUGUUAAAGUGCUACAUUUGUAAAUUCAACCAUGACACCAAGCAACACCAGCCAAAUUAGUGGCUUGAAAGGAUUGAUUGACAAGAGGGAGUGUUGCGACGAUGACUUUUCAAAAAGAAGUUAUAUUUUAUUAAUACAUCAGUAUAGUUUAGACUGCAGGUUGCUAUCCUGUAUCAUAUGCUAGAGAACUUGAAGAUGGAAUAACUAAAGAAGACUAUAUCAAAUACAUGUGUAUUGCAAGUACAGUAGCAUACAAAAAUCUUUAGAUAUAGGCAAAGCACAAGGUGUGGGUAGAAUAUUAGUUUUAGGAUAAAUGGAUAGUUUUCAUUUAUGGAUUUUUCCCUAACUUAUCUCUUUCAUUUCUGGCAGAAAAUAGAUCUUAAUGUUCCAAUUUCAUACAUUUUAAGAUCACAAUUGCACAGCAGUUCUGUCAUCAAGAAGAACCACACAUAGGGAGCAAUUUGUAAGAAACACACAUUUUCAUUCCUGGUCCUUCGCUACUUUAAUUUAGGACAUACAGAAACAAAAGGAAUAGAUAAUUUGAGGUUAACAUUCAACAUAAAUAGCUUGGUUAAGAGCAUUCGUCCCAAAUCUACCUAAUGUAGCUUUUUUUACGUCAGGAGUGACUUAAGAAACUGCAAGUCACUUCUGGUGUGAGAGAAUUGGCCUUCUGCAACGACGUUGCCCAGGGGAUGCCCGGAUGUUUGAUGUUUUACCAUCCUUGUGGGAGGCUUCUCUCAUGUCCCCAAAUGGGGAGAUGAAGCUGACAGAGGGAGCUCUUCCAUGCUCUCCCCCAUGCUCUCUUCAGUCCUGCCGGCACAAGGGUUCCACCGAGAGCUCCUGCCCAAUGUAGCUGUGGCAAUGGGAUUGGGUCAUAUGAGUUGUUAUAUGAAGUAAAGCAGGGGUGAGUAACAUACUCCCCUCAAGAUAUCGCUGUUGUCCAAAUAUUAUCAGCAUCUGAUGAGAUGGGUUGCAAUUUCCAUCUCAUCAGCCUGCAUGAGAUGGAAAUUGCAUCCCAACCGCAUCUAGAUUUUGCACUUUUUUCAACUAGUGUAGUGUAUUAGAGAAAUGAAGACUUUCAAAUCCUUCUGAUUUUCUUUUAUUUACAACAUUCUGCUUAGUGUCUGUUAUUACCUCAAACUAGUGAUGGAGAUUGUGUAAUCUUCCAAAUAUUGUUGGACUAGACUAAGACUGUCCUCUCAGUCUUAGCCCAGAAAGCCAGUGUGGGAGGGUAUCAUCAUGGAAAUUGUAAUCUAACAACACCUGGAGCAGAAUGGACUUUGCCUUUAAUUGCUGAAAAUGUAUUAAUGGCUAUAAGGAACAAUGUUAACUUCUUCUUAGGUAUAUCCUUGGAGAAAUUAGCAAGACAGUGUUAUCUGUCAAAAUAGAAAUACAUGGAAAUAAUAAGUUCUUGUUCUUUCCAUUGGGAGUAGCUGCGAAGCUUACAUUGACUAUAUUUUUGUUGUGAAGGUGCUAUUUUAAUUAACACAAAAUGAAACCUCUUUGUAGCAGAUAGCCCAUGUCUUCCUAACGUGGGAGUAAAUAUUUCAUUACUACUUCUCUGAGCACUAUUUGGUUUGAUCAGCUAACAACAAUAGCUGCCUUUUGUUAUAUAGUAGGAGCAAAAAUUGCUUGAGGUGGAGAACUGGAAAACUGCAAUCCUUUUUUUAUUUUAAACUAAAUAGAUGCUUCCAUUUUGUUUUCAAGCAUAUUAAUAAUGUGUCUGGUUUGAGAAUUAAUGAGGCUUGUUUAAAGUAGGAACUCCACAUAGAAAUUUCAUCUAGCACAAGCAUCUCCAAUCAAUUCAGUAUUGGGGAAGAACCUUUUAUGGUUAUGGUAGGACUGCACUUAUAUUUUAAUAUGAGGAAGCUCUUAUUCACAGCAAAACUCUAUGUACAUAUUAGAGCAUAAGUAUAGGUUGUCUGAGUCUCUGGACAAUAAAAAGGCUGUAUUCCAGUUUGUGAGCAUCAUAACAUGAGGAAUUAUUGCAUUUAUAUUUGACAAUCCUAGUAAUUGCUCAAUAAGGUAUGAGAGUAAAUGUGACAGGAAUAUCUGUAUUUGAUUCAGAUUCAUUCAUUGUAGUAACCCUUACAUCUAAGAAAUUCUGGGUGAUUUGGCUGUCAGGCUAUUAUGAAUUUGCAGUUAUGAAACUGCUUUAUUAUUACUCCCGCACCCCAAAAAAACCAUUAAAAAUUAUGCAUUGAAAGACUAGAGCAGAUAUUUGUAACCCACUUUGUCAGUGGUAGUUGAUAUCGAAAUUGUGGUCUUUGAAGAAAUGUAUAGUUCAACAACACUUUUCGACAGUAAUUGAGUUGUACGUAAAAGGGUGCUUUAUUAUAAUAAACUCUUUUGAUGGUGUACAGAUGAUAAUUACUGUAAAAUCAAUGAAACAUGCUGGCAUUUUCAAAGUGUGUAAAAGCCUGUUAUUAAAAUAAUAUCAAAACAA